AUGGCGGUAUUCGUGCUAUCGGGUCCAGAGCUACUCGCUAACGUGCAAUUCACCGGGCCGGUGGCCAGCCUUGACACGGAAACCGGUAUUGAGCUCAUGCAAAGCAUCGAGCAGUUUGAUAAAGAGCGUCAUCCCGAGGCCAUCAAUUUUAUUGACUCAGUCGACUUUGAGCAUCUAACGUUGGAAAGCGAGGAUGACGAAGACUUUGAGAUUUCGCCAGUAUCCAACGACGAAUCGGCGGCAGAACGCAAGCAACGACGAGCAGUGGAACGAAAGAACGCUUUGGAAGCGCGCCAGCGAAGGGAACAGCAAAAGGCUAUGCAGCAACGAAAGGUUCGCAAGGAGGGGGAGCCGUAUCAGAAAACUGUCAAAGCUGAACUUGCGGGAUGGUACCGAUUUUGUAUACACUCAAGUCAUAACCAAAUUGUGGUGGAGAUCGAUAUGCGCAAAGAAUCAGAUUUUGGAUUGAAUGAGUACGGUGCUGUCAUGACGUUGGAGCAAAAGGAGGUGUCAGACGAAGACAGACUCAUGGACGAAGACUCCGCAGUGAUGGAGGGCAUCAAGGACGAAGACUUUGAUUCGACGAAAGACAAGUUAAAGACGUUACGGCGGCUUUUGGCGGACAUUCAAACCAAACAACAACAAGAACGCCAUCGUCUUAUUGUUCAUGCAGCUACUAACGAGCAUUCUCAUUCCCGCAUGGUGCUGAGUUCUCUGUUGGAGACGAUCUUGUUCAUGGCCGUGACUGGCUUUCAAGUCUUUACUAUUCGAAGAUGGUUCAAAGGUGCGCCUGUUCUCGGACGAUAA